CUCUUCCUCUCUUUCUCUCCAUCCAAAACUGAUCUAUCCACCGAUCAUCCGAAGCGCCCGACUGGAAUAUCAUCAUGUCUCGCCCAGUCUUGCUGUUUGGUCUGCUCUCGUGACCGGGCAUGGCAGCGCAUCUGCUCCCGGGAGAAUGGCCCUGAAGCGUCGUGAGCUCGUCGUCCUCGGCAUUGGUGGCUUUGUAGCUUGGGGGUUGGCCGUUGAGUGGCUUCCUAUCCUGAGGUAUCUGGGGUAUGCGCUGGCCUUGGGCGCAUUCCUUUCCUCGGCCAUCCUGAUAGGCCUCGUGCUCCUCACAAUCCGCCCCCCCAAUGGCCCACCUUCCCUUCCCUCGAAGUCGCCCCCCAUCGCCUUUCUCGCUCACCCCCACUGGGGAAAGGAAGCACAGGCUGUCCGAAGUCGCUCGAUCUAUUAUCCGCCGUCUCUCUAUCCGCAGUCGUUCGUCGUAUCCGAAGGCAUUGACGAGCUCCUUGCUCUGGCCACCCGCGACUUCAUCGCAUCAUGGUACCAACAUAUCAGCCCAAACCCCACAUUUGUCAACGAGGUGGACCAAGUGAUUCGAACCGCUGUUGGAAACCUGCGCGAUAGAAUGUUGGCAGAAGACCUACUCUCCCUCUUGGUGUCCCGAAUAUUCCCUAUUUUAACGGCCCAUCUCAAAGAAUUCGAUGUCGCAGAGCGAUUGGUGCGAGGCAGGAAUCUUACGAGAAAUGUCACCGAGUCGGAAGAGCUAGACCUUGCCAUUGCGGCCAAGUAUCGCGAGGGACAUCUGCAUCCAGCGGCUGUUCUCUCAGUCUCCGACCAAAAGUUAGUGGAACAGGAAUAUCUCCGUAAGAUUGCCGUGGGGCUAUUGCCACAUGUGUUUCCUGAGUCUGUCCUCAACAGUCGUGUUGUCUCCGUCUUGAUCCGUGAAAUUAUUUCAUGCGCUGUUCUCUUUCCCCUCGUCUCUGCUCUCUCGGAUCCGGACACGUGGAAUCAACUGGUGGAGGCGUACGGGCGAACUGCCAUUCAGGACCGUAAAACCGUUCGGAAGCUUCGGGCAGCCUUGGACGAGCAUGCAUCACCAGCCCCCAGGUCAAAGAGGCAUUCGUUUCCUCGGUUGUCCCCUCAUGAUUCGGAACGUGCUUUUGAGCGAUUUGUCCGGGCUAUCCGGCGCUGCAAUAAUCUUUCAGAGGCUAGACGAUUCAGAGCUCUUGUCACAAGUCAAUUGAAACGUGAGACUAUGGUGGAAGGGCAAGACCAGGUCUAUCUUCGACGGUUGGAGACGGGCAAGAGAGUUCUGGACCAGAAAGUAGCCAAGUUGUCGGCACCGGGAGGUACUCGCCUGUUGUCGCAUGCCUCCGCAGCGGUAACCCAUUUCCGCCGUAAGAAUUCGGUUCCUCAGGAGGCAUCAUUGGUGGACGUUAUGCAUGACGCAUCGGGUCUUUCCUAUUUCAUGGAGUUUAUGGACCGGCAGCAGCUUAUGUCUCUAGUGCAGUUCUGGAUCGUGGUGGAUGGAUUCCGCAACCCUCUGGAGGACGAUUUUGGAGAUGAAAGUUCUCCAAGCUCAACGACAUGGACCCCAGCUGAUCGCAGCGAUAUGGCACUUAUUAGUGAAACAUACCUUUCAAAGUCUGAAUUGAAAGUCACGGAUGAGUCACGCCGAAUAGUGAAAGCUUUUCUCAGCGCAGGGAGGCGAGCUACACCAGAGCAGUACCGCAGGGCUCGAACCGUGAUAUUGAGUGCUCAGUCUGCCGUACUCGAGGAACUUCAAGAGAACUACUACCCCAAGUUUAAGCAAUCCGAUCUUUACUACAAGUAUCUCGCAUCGGAUGAAGUUUCACAUUCUGGCACUCAAUCGCCUCGCCUCCUUUCUCCCAGCGCCGCAGAGGUGCCCGAGAGACGUCCUCUUCCUCCACUGAUAGCGCGCACCUCCUCGCAACCAGGCGGCAAGCCGAAGGAUUUGCGGCGCGCGGCCGUUUCGUCGAAUGAUGUCAGGAGCACGGUUAAACUGUUCGACGAUGACGAAUCCCCAAGACGCUCCUUUGAUUCUGAACGUUCAGCGCCCCUGUUCGAUGAUGACUAUGACACGGACCCUCUUGCCAUGUCAACGCAGAGUAUCGGCCGAGACUCACAGAAUGGCGAGACUGAGACGAAUCAAAAGGAAGUUAUCGAAAACAUGGAGGCUGCCUUGAAUGAUAUUAUCGCGAAUGAACCGAAGAACAGCAGAAUAGAGGAUUUGAAGACUGCUGAGGCCCCUCCAACAGGACUGCCUAGUGCCGAUCAGCCCCCCAGGUCUCCGCGCAGCUCGAUAGAAUUCUUCAGAGCCGAGAACCGGGCAGAGGAAAAAAUGAAACCGAGCAUUGCCUCGCUGGGGCUUGUAGACCGAUCUUCCCGGCUGGGUGUCUUCGAUGAUGACCUUUUCCCCGACCAGCAGAAAUUCAUCGAAGAUGAGUAUGAUGAGCCUAUGGGGACGGACAACGACCCAGCUGAUCAAGUCCAUGAGGCUGCUCCCGGGGACCUCGGAUUGACUGAGGCGAUCGAGGUUCUUUCAGCGGAUAUUGAAAAGCUCGGAUCUCAAGAAUCCGUGGUUGACACUCUCACUCGGAAGGCAGAGCUGACAAAUAACACCGCGGAAUUGAGGAUUCUACGCAAGUCGAAAGCGAGCAUCCAGCGGGAAAUUCAUCGCAAAGAGAUGCAACGGCAACAGUAUAUCAUUCAGGAGAGCGAUAACAGCUUGUAUGGCCGGUCGACCGUCCGGAUCAAGUCCAUUGUAGUUGGCAAAGAGGAGGAUGGCCGCGAAUUCGCCAUGUGUACGUGACCGUCAUGCCUGGCCUGUAUCUGCAGGCUCCCUCUCUUUCUCUUCCCAAAAUUUUCCAGAUGCGCGAUGGACUGACAUGUUCUCUAGAUGUGGUUGAGGUACAGAGAAAUGCCGGUGAGCAGAUGCCAGCGGCUUCCUGGGUCGUUGCCCGCAGGUACAGCGAGUUCCAUGAACUCCACCA